AUGGGUGGUGCAAGUGGCCUGCCUGCUGCCCACUUGCACGGUUGGACCUGCGAGCGAGGGCGAUCGGUCACGCGUUUUGAAUCCGUGAUCAGGAUUAACAAAAGCUGAGUAGCUUUCGACGUGAUUCUGCGGCUGCUUUUGCGUGAAUUAAAGCUCCGUGAGUAGAAAUUAAAAACGGCCGGCGCAUGAUUCUUUCCACAGCUGCAGAGUGUAUGUACUCCAGCAGCGAGCUUGCGCGUCGUCGCCUCAAUCGCCGUGCGGUGUCGUGUUCCGGCGAGCUGGAUUCCUCCGGCGACCCCACCGCCCAGCGUCACAGUGGCCCUGGCCAUGGCCAACCCGAGGACCGGAGAACGUGAAGUCCUUUGUUGCUUUCCUUGUGUCCAAACCUACCCGCCCGCGCUCGCGAGUCACGGGCAAUCCCAUCCAAUCCAGCGACGCGCGCGGCCUGCAUUUUCUGUUCCUCCCCUCCCUGCGGCUCCCAUGGAUGGAUGCCUCCACCAUGCACACCCCCAAAACACAGCUCGGCGCCGGUACCACUACUACACUACCCUCUUCUCUUCCGCGCCACUAGAUCUCAUCUACUGCCAGCCACCGUCAUCGCCACCGCCACCAUAUCUAUCCCGUCCCGGAAACAUUUUGCACGCGGCAGCCAGGCACCUGCAGCAGAAAUGGCCACUGCUACUGCCACCUCCCCUGCUCUCCUCCUCCUCCUCCUGCUGCUGCUCAUUGGCGGCGCGCCACCAGCGACGAAGGCCGACAUGCCGAUGGCGGUGAACGAGGAGGUGCUGGGGCUAGUGGUGUUCAAGUCGGCGCUGUCCGACCCGACCGGCGCGCUGGCCACGUGGACGGAGUCGGACGCCACCCCCUGCGGCUGGGCGCGCGUGGAGUGCGACCCGGCCACCUCCCGCGUGCUCCGCCUCGCGCUCGACGGGCUCGCGCUGUCCGGCAGCAUGCCGCGGGGCCUCGACCGCCUGCCGGCGCUCCAGGACCUCUCCCUCGCCCGCAACAACCUCUCCGGCCCGCUCCCGCCGGGCCUCUCCCUCCUCGGCUCCCUCCGCUCGCUCGACCUCUCCUACAACGCCUUCUCCGGCCCGCUCCCCGACGACGUCGCGCGCCUCGCCUCCCUCCGCUACCUCGACCUCACCGGCAACGCCUUCUCCGGCCCGCUCCCGCCCGCCUUCCCGCGCACGCUCCGCUUCCUGGUCCUGUCCGGCAACCAGUUCUCCGGCCCCGUGCCGGAGGGGCUGGCGGCCAAGAGCCCGCUCCUGCUCCACCUCAACGUGUCCGGCAACCAGCUCUCCGGCUCGCCUGACUUCGCGGGCGCGCUCUGGCCGCUCGAGCGCCUGCGCACGCUCGACCUGUCACGGAACCAGUUCUCCGGCCCAGUCACCGACGGCAUUGCCAGGCUCCACAACCUCAAGACCCUCAGCCUCAGCGGCAACCGCUUCUCCGGCGCCGUCCCGGCCGACAUCGGCCUGUGCCCGCACCUCAGCACCAUUGACCUCAGCUCCAACGCGUUCGACGGCCACCUCCCUGACUCCAUCGGCCAGCUCGGCUCGCUCGUCUACCUCUCCGCGUCCGGCAACCGUCUCUCCGGCGACGUCCCCGCAUGGCUCGGCAAGCUGGCCGCGGUGCAGCACCUCGACUUAUCCGACAACGCGUUCACCGGAAGCCUGCCGGACUCGCUCGGCGACCUCAAGGCGCUCAAGUACCUGAGCCUGUCUAGGAACCAGCUCUCCGGCGCCGUCCCGGCCUCCAUGUCCGGGUGCACCAAGCUCGCCGAGCUGCACCUGAGGGGCAACAGCCUCAGCGGCAGCAUCCCGGACGCUCUGUUCGACGUCGGGCUCGAGACGCUCGACGUGUCGUCGAACGCGCUCUCGGGCGUCCUGCCGUCCGGCUCCACUAGGCUGGCGGAGACGCUGCAGUGGCUCGACCUCUCCGGCAACAUGCUCACCGGCGGCAUCCCCACCGAGAUGUCGCUCUUCUUCAAGCUCCGGUACCUCAACCUGUCCCGCAACGACCUCCGAACGCCGCUGCCGCCGGAGCUCGGCCUACUCCGCAACCUGACGGUACUCGACCUGCGUAGCACCGGGCUGUACGGCGCCAUGCCCGCUGACCUCUGCGAGUCCGGUAGCCUCGCCGUGCUCCAGCUCGACGGCAACUCCCUCUCCGGCCCCAUCCCCGACAGCAUCGGAAACUGUUCUUCCCUGUACCUCCUGAGCUUGGGGCACAACGGCUUGACGGGGCCGAUCCCGGCGGGCAUCUCGGAGCUGAAGAAGCUGGAGAUCCUGCGGCUGGAGUACAACAACCUGAGCGGCGAGAUCCCGGCGCAGCUGGGCGGGCUGGAGAACCUGCUGGCCGUGAACAUCUCGCACAACCGCCUGGUGGGGCGGCUGCCGGCGUCGGGCGUGUUCCAGAGCCUGGACGCGAGCGCGCUGGAGGGCAACCUGGGCAUCUGCAGCCCGCUGGUGGCGGAGCCGUGCAGGAUGAACGUGCCCAAGCCGCUGGUGCUGGACCCCAACGAGUACACGCACGGCGGGGCCGGCGGCGGCGACAACAACAACCUGGAGACGAACGGCGGCGGCGGCGGGGUGGGAGCGCCGAGGAAGCGGCGGUUCCUGAGCGUGUCCGCCAUGGUGGCCAUCUGCGCGGCGGUCGCGAUCGUCCUGGGGGUCAUCGUGAUCACGCUGCUCAACGUGUCGGCCCGGCGGAGGGCCGAGGCGGCGGGCGGUGGCCACGGCCACGGCCAGAAGAAGGAGGUGGACGAGAGCAUCGUCACCGCCAGCACGACGACCAAGUCGUCGUCGUCACCGCCCGGGGGGAAGGGAAAGGGCAAGGACAAGCUCGCGGCCGGCAAGAUGGUGACGUUCGGUCCCGGGAGCAGCCUCCGGUCAGAGGACCUGGUGGCCGGCGCCGACGCGCUGCUGAGCAAGGCGACGGAGAUCGGGCGCGGCGCGUUCGGCACGGUGUACCGCGCGCCCGUGGGCGACGGGCGGGUGGUGGCGGUGAAGAAGCUUGUGGCGGCGAACAUGGUGCGGUCGCGCGAGGAGUUCGAGCGUGAGGUGCGCGUGCUCGGGAAGGCGCGGCACCCGAACCUGCUGCCGCUCAAGGGCUACUACUGGACGCCUCAGCUUCAGCUGCUGAUCACUGACUACGCGGCGCACGGCAGCCUGGAGGCGCGGCUCCACCUCAACGGCGGCGAGGAGUUGUUGCCGCCGAUGACGUGGGAGGAGCGGUUCCGCGUGGUGUCCGGGACGGCCCGGGCGCUGGCCCACCUGCACCAGGCGUUCCGGCCGCCGCUGGUCCACUACAACGUGAAGCCUAGCAACAUCUUCCUGCUGGACGCGGAGUGCAACCCGGCGGUGGGCGACUUCGGGCUGGCGCGGCUGCUGCCGGUGCCGGGGAAGCUGGCGGACGGCGGGUGCGGCCGGUUCCAUGCGGCGGGCGGCGGCGGCGGGAUGGGGUACGUGGCGCCGGAGCUGGCGUGCCAGAGCCUGCGCGUGAACGAGAAGUGCGACAUCUACGGGCUGGGCGUGCUGAUCCUGGAGCUGGUGACGGGGCGUCGCGCCGUGGAGUACGGCGACGACGACGUGGUGGUGCUCAUGGACCAGGUGCGCGUCCUGCUGGAGCACGGCAACGCGCUGGAGUGCGUGGACCCGGGCAUGGGCAUGGGCGGCGGGCACGUCCCGGAGGAGGAGGUGCUGCCGGUGCUGAAGCUGGCCAUGGUGUGCACGUCGCAGAUCCCGUCCAACCGACCCUCCAUGGCGGAGGUGGUCCAGAUCCUGCAGGUCAUCAAGGCGCCCGUGGGUGGCGCUGGCGCUGGCGGCGGCAGAAUGGAAGCCUUCUGAUCCAUGCAUCCAUCCUCACUGUCAGUCACGAGUGCCACGACCAACCAACCAACCAACGUCCGGCCGGCCGGCCGUGUCCGUUGCCAUGCAAGCAACGGCAUCUAUUCUCACCCUGGAUGGCCUGCUGAUGCUGCUGUGUGCUGGUUCGGUCGGCGGCAUCCUGCAAGUACUAUGUGCCUUCAUGCUAGUGUAGCAUAGCAACACACACAGUAGGGCAGGGCAGGUUCUAGCUCCAUCUCCUUUUCCAUGCAUCUUCAUUCAGCUCUACAACUGUACUGUGUACUACUACGUGCCAAUUUGGCAAUUUUCUCCAGCUCUGCUUCUCCUCACCUAGGCUUUUGGAUGGAUGUCAACUCAAACCGCCGCCUUCUAGCUCUCCACUGUACUGUUGUACUGUGCCAGUGUGCCACUGCAAGUGAACUGUAAAACAGUAGUACGGGUGUAGUCGGAGUAUAUAUCAUGUGCUGUCCCGUUUCCA